CACACGUUUAUUCUGGAGGCGGCAAGAAUGGGUACCUGUCACCAACAUUUCAAUAGACUAUAGCCACGUUGGGCGACUUUCUGAUGGAAACCAACAUAAAGCCAAAUGCUGAUAUCAACUGAUCGAUCAACAAAAGACCAAACAAGCUUUGCUAAGAUGAGCCAGAGCCAGAGCCAGAGCCAUAGCAAGUACGCUUAUCCCUACUACAGUGGAGGUUACUACCAGGGGCCACCGCCUCCGGUGGUGGCGCCGCCACAAUAUGCAGCCGCUCCUCCGCAGGGACCGGGAUGCCUGGAGGCUUGUCUUGCUGCGCUAUGCUGCUGCUGUCUCGUUGACCAGUGCUGCUGGUGCUGUGACCCCUUCUGGCUGUUCGCCUUCUAGAUAACCUUUCUCUGUUUAAACUUCAUCAUUAUGUAAGACAUAAACUAGAGGAAACAUGGCACAUGGUGGUGGUGGUCAACGUCGUGAUACAACGAUUGACAUUGGAAGAACUGCAAAGUUUAAUGGUGGGCUUGAGUUUUACGACCUUACUUAUACUGUGAUAAAAGACAAGGAACACGAAGGGAAACUUGUGAAGCAAGAAGUAGACUUGUUGCACAGAAUUUCGGGGUAUUCACCAAAAGGAAGUGUCACCGCAGUACUAGGUCCCAGUGGGGCUGGAAAAUCUACCUUUUUGGAUGGUCUCGCGGGAAGAAUUGCAAGUGGAAGCCUGAAGGGUAGAGUUUCUUUGGAUGGCAUGGAAAUGAGCCCAGGUUUGAUUAAAAGAACUUCUGCAUAUAUCAUGCAAGAUGACAGGCUCUUCCCCAAGCUCACUGUUUAUGAGACUCUGAUGUUUGCGGCAGACUUCCGGCUAGGUUCAAUUCCAUCGAAUGAAAAAAUACAUCGGGUGGAGAACUUGAUUGAGCAGCUUGGGUUAUCUUCGGCUAGAAACACGUAUAUUGGAGAUGAAGGAACAAGAGGGGUGUCUGGUGGCGAACGAAGAAGAGUAUCAAUUGGGGUGGACAUCAUCCAUGGGCCAUCACUGCUCUUCCUUGAUGAGCCAACUUCAGGACUAGACUCCACCAGUGCUUAUAGUGUCAUUGAAAAGGUUCAUAACAUAGCUCGCACUGGCAGCACUGUGAUCCUUACAAUCCACCAGCCAUCGUCUCGAAUCCUAUCAUUCUUUGACCAUCUUAUCGUCCUUGCUCGAGGGCAGCUUAUGUUUCAAGGGCCACCAAAGGAUGUUAAUCACCAUCUCAGUCAAAUGAAGAGAAAAGUACCUCAAGGAGAAAGCCCAAUUGAAUAUCUUAUGGAUGUUAUUCGAGCAUAUGAUCAAUCUGAAUUUGGAGUGGAGGCACUCGCUGAGUUCGCUAGAACAGGAACUAAACCACCCCACUUGACUGAUGAAGAGAUUUCACUUUCUACCAUACAAGCCUCGCCGACUUCAUCUUUUCAGUCUGGUGUAGAUAAAACAAGCAACAUUAUAACUGGAAAACGGCUCCACUUGCAAACUAAUUCCCGUGCGUUGAAUGAUUACGGUCAUAGUUUGAGAAGCCCUUAUAAUACAUCAAGAUCAUGGAGUGCGAACAAUAGUGUGGUUAUGCAGGCAUUGAGGCUGCCACAAAGACAACAAGGAGCAAAGCUGCAUAAUCAAAUGAGUUCGUCUGCUUCUUAUGCAUAUUCAUCUGAUGUCCUGCAUGGCACACCAACACCUCAUAGCAGUGAUUACACAGUGAAUGAAAAUGACUACCUGACUUCAAAUAUCGGUUCAAAAUCUGCUCCAACUCUUCACAAUAACCUUGGCAAAAAGAUUUCAAACUCAUUCUUCUCUGAGACCUGGAUUCUUAUGCGUAGAAAUUUCAAUAUCAUCUCAAGAACCCCCGAGCUGUUCCUCUCAAGGAUGAUGGUCCUCACAGUUAUGGGGUUUACGAUGGCUACAAUGUUUAUGAAUCCAAAAGAGAAUACCCAAGGAAUUACAGACCGUCUCAGCUUCUUCAUCUUUACCGUCUGUCUCUUCUUUUUCUCUUCCAAUGAUGCUGUCCCAGCAUUCAUACAAGAACGAUUCAUUUUCAUCCGCGAAACUUCCCACAAUGCUUACAGAGCAUCAUCGUACACCAUAGCUGGGCUGCUUACUCACCUGCCUUUUCUUGCCCUGCAAGCUCUGGUCUAUGCUGGGAUAGUUUGGUUUGCUUUGAAACUUCGAGGAUCUUUCAUAUAUUUCCUGAUAGUCCUCUACAUGUCCCUUCUUUCAACAAAUUCAUUCGUUGUAUUCAUUAGCUCAGUAGUACCGAACUAUAUCCUGGGAUAUGCAGCUGUGAUUGCUUUCACUGCCCUCUUUUUCUUGUUUUGCGGGUACUUCUUAAACAGCCACGACCUUCCUCCUUACUGGAAGUGGAUGAACAAGAUUUCCACGAUGACAUAUCCAUAUGAAGGGCUUUUGAUGAAUGAGUAUCAGACUUCCAUUAUUUUCGGGAAUCAAUCGAACGGAACUGUUAUUACUGGUAUCAACAUAUUGGAGAGUCUCCAUAUCAAAACUGAUUCAACCAAAAAGUGGGAAAAUGUGCUGGUGAUGCUUGGUUGGGCUGUGCUUUAUAGGAUUUUAUUCUACCUAAUACUUCGUUUUGCAUCCAAAAACCAGAGGACGUGAAGAAUCAAGGAUGUGGUAACGAACUGGUUCCUUUUUCAUAUUGCUGAAUCAAUUCAGAAUGAAAUUUUCUUACAAUUGCCCUCGUUUUUCUUGUAUUGGAAAACCAAGUUCUUACAUCAGUGAAACUUCAGUAAAGAAAUGACUUCUCUA